CGGCUCUCCGUGGACACACUGCCUUCUCUUUCAUAUCAUGGCCCUCCACCCCCGUAGAGUCCGGCUGAAGCCCUGGCUGGUGGCCCAGGUGGACAGUGGCCUGUAUCCUGGGCUCAUCUGGCUACACAGGGACUCAAAACGCUUCCAGAUUCCCUGGAAACAUGCCACCCGGCAUAGUCCUCAACAAGAGGAAGAAAAUACUAUUUUCAAGGCCUGGGCUGUGGAGACAGGAAAGUACCAGGAAGGGGUGGAUGACCCUGACCCAGCUAAAUGGAAGGCCCAGCUCCGCUGUGCUCUCAACAAGAGCAGGGAAUUCAACCUGAUGUAUGAUGGCACUAAGGAAGUGCCUAUGAACCCAGUGAAGAUAUAUCAAGUGUGUGACAUCCCCCAACCCCAGGGUUCGAUCAUUAACCCAGGAUCCACAGGGUCUGCUCCCUGGGAUGAGAAGGAUAAUGAUAUAGAUGAAGACGAUGAGGAAGAUGAACUAGAUCAGUCGCAGCAUCAUGUUCCCAUCCAGGAUACGUUCCCCUUCUUGAACAUUAAUGGGUCUCCCAUGGCACCAGCCAGUGUGGGCAACUGCAGUCCUGAAGCAGUGUGGCCCAAAACUGAACCUCUGGAGAUGGAAGUACCCCAGGCGCCUAUACAGCCCUUUUAUAGCUCUCCAGAGCUAUGGAUCAGCUCUCUCCCAAUGACUGACCUGGACAUCAAGUUUCAGUACCGUGGGAAGGAAUAUGGGCAGACCAUGACCGUGAGCAAUCCUCAGGGCUGCCGGCUUUUCUAUGGGGACCUGGGCCCCAUGCCUGACCAGGAGGAGCUCUUUGGUCCCGUCAGUCUGGAGCAGGUCAAGUUCCCAGGUCCAGAGCACAUCACCAAUGAGAAACAGAAGCUUUUCACCAGCAAGCUCCUGGAUGUCAUGGACAGAGGACUGAUCCUUGAGGUCAGCGGUCAUGCCAUUUAUGCCAUCAGGCUGUGCCAGUGCAAGGUGUACUGGUCUGGACCAUGUGCCCCAUCGCUUGUUGCCCCCAACCUGAUUGAGAGACAAAAGAAGGUCAAGCUAUUUUGCCUGGAAACAUUCCUCAGCGAUCUUAUUGCUCACCAGAAAGGACAGAUAGAAAAGCAGCCACCAUUUGAGAUCUACUUAUGCUUUGGGGAAGAAUGGCCAGAUGGGAAACCCCCAGAAAGGAAACUCAUCUUGGUUCAGGUCAUUCCAGUGGUGGCUCGGAUGAUCUAUGAGAUGUUUUCUGGUGAUUUCACACGAUCCUUUGACAGUGGCAGUGUCCGCCUGCAGAUCUCAACUCCAGACAUCAAAGAUAACAUCGUUGCUCAGCUGAAGCAGCUGUAUCGCAUCCUGCAAACCCAGGAAAGCUGGCAGCCCAUGCAGCCCACCCCUAGCAUGCAACUGCCCCCUGCUCUGCCAGCCCAGUAAUCAUGAAUGCCAUCUUCAGCCUUUUCUUUUUUAAAAUAUUGUACAUAUGGAUAUUUUUUAUUAUUCAGGUUUAACCAACCAACUUUUGCAUCUCUCUUCUAAUACUGUUAGUAGUCUGUGACUUUUUCCAAAUAUACUUAGCUUUUAAAAUUGAUGUAAUUUAUGGAGAAAUGAUCCUUCAGACUUUCCUUUUAUUUUUUAAAGCUCCCAAUUUUAGUGUAAUGUAGUAGGAGACCUGACCUGGGAGUUGGACACCAGGGUUUAGCUGCAGAUUUGCUUUCAAUAGUGUGGCCUUGAAUAAGUCACUUAACCUUUAGUCUUCAGAUUCAUCAUUUAUAAAGGGCAGGGGUUGGAAUGAUGCCUGAAAUUUCAUCCAGCUUUAAAACUCUGAUUUGAUGACUUCAUUCUACUUGUACAAGGCAAAACUGCCUAGAACAGAACGCUUCUGCAUUGUUCUUGUACCACAUAUUUUUUUUUUCCUGCUUUCAUUAAAGUUCCCUCCAGCACU